AUGAGCUUGUGGCAGCAGGCCGCAGUUGGAUCCGUAGUGACAGUCUGUGGGCGGUUCGAGAUUCUGUCACUGUCUGGCUCUUUCUUGUCCUCGCCAGCUCCACCGAAGGCCAUGAGCUUGACGAUAUUCCUGGAGGCAGGUCAAGUCAUGGGGGGAAGCAUGGUCAUCAAGCUCAUUCUGGUUGGGCCGGUCAUCAUUGUCGCUUUGUCGUUCACUAAUGUUGCGUACGAGAGAUUGCUGCUAGAAGAGGAAGGGCAGAUCCAUAUGCCGAAGCUGGCAGCACCGCAAUUGGCCGGCAGGACUCGUUUCCGUAUCCAUCUUUAG